AUGGAUAUCAAGUUUGAAGAGGUUGAAAAGUUCAGACAACAGUCCAGAACACUCAUUCCUAUCAUGUUUGCUCCAAUGGAUAAUUCUCUAUUCGGAUGUGCUGAUAAAAUUGAAAAAAUUGAAGAAUUGAGAGGUUCCUAUUGGAUUUCAUUGGAAAAGAAACAGGGAGCAGUUAUGGUAUUUAUGCAUGGAGGUGGAUUCAUCUCUGGUCAUCCAAUUGGAAUGGAUUGUCAAUCGAUAGUGUAUGCUUUAAAGGAUUUCAAUAAGAAGAAUUCGACAACUCAAAAAUGUAGUCACGUCUUGUCAGUUGAAUAUAGAUUAUGUGAUGAUCCAAAUAAUAAGGAUAGAAUGGAUAGAAAUUUGUGUACAGAUAAUUUGAAUGAUCAAUUGGAGGAUUGUUAUGAAGCUUUCAGAUGGUUGAUAGAGGAGAAGGGAAUUAAGGCAAGUAAUAUUGUGCUUGCUGGUUAUUCUGCUGGUGCUACACAUGCUGCAAUGCUAGUUUUGAAAAAGUUGAUGAAUAGUGAAAAUCCAGAAAUGUGGCCAAUUCGAUCAGUUGCCAUGUGUUCAGCUUCAUGUGAUCUCUCCAAUCGAAUUGUUAACUCUGAUGAGAAAAAAGCUGGUGGAGUAACAAUUAUUCAUCAAGGUUUGAGAAAUCUCAUUACCAAGUGCGUUCCACAAGAAGAAAAGGACAAGUACUCUUUGAUAGGAACAAUGAAUGAAAUGGAAAAACAAGAUUCUUCCUUCUUUUCUAAAGUAUUAAGCACCAAAUGGAUUGUCAAUUAUAGUAGUGAUGAAGAAUUGGCAGCUUCCAAUUUAUAUCUUGUGGAUAAAUUGCAAAUGAAAGCUCAGGAGUUGAAUCUACCAGAUCAUCAAGUUGUAGAAAUUGCUGAACCAAACCAAAUGCAUUGCUAUUUAGUUGGUUAUUCUGUUCUUCAAGUUGCCAAACAAUCAAUGAGCAGAUUCCUUGAAAAUGCCUUCAAUUAA